AUGGAGCUCGAACCGGGCCCAUCGCUUGAACAGGCCGAGGGUCUCCUCUCUGAUGAGAUUCUAAUCGAGUGGCUGAGAACGUCCUUCGAUGAGGUGAACGCGUGGGGCGUGUCGUUCGAGCGGUUGAUGAAAAGUAAAGUAGGCCAGAAAUACUUUGCCGAGUUCCUGAAGGGCGAAUUCUCCGACGAAAACAUCCUCUUCUGGCAGGCGUGCGAGGAGCUGAAACGCGAGCGGAAUGCCGAAAAGGUAGAAGAAAAGGCGCGAAUCAUCUACGAAGACUUCGUGUCGAUCCUCUCCCCAAAAGAAGUUUCGCUCGAUUCGCGCGUUCGCGAGAUCAUCAACGCAAAUAUGGUACACCCGACGGCACACGCUUUUGAUGAGGCACAGGCGCAAAUCUUCACGCUAAUGCAACGGGACUCGUACCCCCGCUUCGUCGGCAGCCAAAUGUACCGCAAGCUGCUCAGCUCGUUCGGCGGCGUCGAAGAGGUG